AUCUAGCAAACCUGAAUUAUCUUCAACCAAUGAACUUAGCCUCUCAGUGUUGGAUCCAUGAUAAUGGUUUCUCGAAAACUACUUGUGCUACACAAGUUGCUAAAUGUUGUUUAGGAAUGCAUGCCAUAUACCUUAACUAUUAUUUCAAUUUUCUAGUCUUCUAUGGUUGAAUAUUCUAAAUAGGUUAGGAUUUGUGGCACGGUAUUUGGGGAUGGUGAAGUCAUGAUCCAUAUUGACCGGGAAUAUGAGAUCAAAAUUGCAUUGUAAUUGCAUGUCCUCUCUGUUUGGUGACUGAGAAAGUGGAGGAAAAUUGGAGAUAAUUAUCUAGCCCCAUUUCAUGGAUCAAAUGACUAGGAUACAUGGACAGUGAUGCAGUCUUGUUGACGUCAGUGGAGAUAACAACAAUUCUGGUUUAGGUGAAGAAGCCAAUAAAGCAUCCAGGUCAAAGAACCCAUUCCACAAGACAUUCUUCUAUUAUUGCAAGUCCUUGCUAAAAGGAAAGCUGGGAAUGAGGUGUUCUUGACUUGUUUAGUCUUUGUAUUUUACCCUGUAGUUUUCUAUUUUUUUUUCUUGCUAAUAUUAGUGCCCAUAGAAAUUAAUGCCUAACUACUCUAUUUUUCCAUGGUUGUGGGGACUGCUAGAAAGAGAGAGCUGUUGUCAGAAAUUGGAAGGUUUGCACACUAGUCAACAUUCAAGACUAGUGUUCUUCUAAGCUGCCACUAUAAAGUUUUUAUUUUUUUAUUCAUUAAAACUUGCAAAGAAAUGAACAUUCCUUUUUUAAACUUUAUUGUCAUCAUCCUCUUACUGUUUUUCUUCACUAGAUUCUCGUGUGGAACUGAUAUCAUCACCUCAUCCACCAAUCUUAGUGAUGGUAGAACCUUGGUUUCUAGUGAUGGAAGCUUUGAACUGGGGUUCUUCAGUCCUGGAAGCUCUGCCAAGAUACUUGAUUGAUAUUUUGUUAUAUUUAUAGCAGAAAUAACACAAUAAAAAAUAACUUUUUCUCACCUGAUAUUUUACUUAAUACAAAAAAAUCUACCAAACAUUUAAUGCAAGAUUACACUAAUAGAUUUGCUGCCAUUUGUGCGGCUCCAUGUUGCUGUACUUUGCUGCUGCUUUGCAGCCUUUCAUUUGCAUUUGCAUUUGCAUUUUCUGUUCAUUACAGCCUCAUUUCUUCAAUUUGCAACUUAGCUUGCUGCACUUUAUGGUCUCAAAAUUGCUGUUUCUCAUCACUUCCACUUUGUUAUUGUUGAAACUGAUUGUAAGGUUGCUUAUCUUCUUUUGACUGGUACUGUCAACAGGUUUCACCUUUAUAGCACUCUUAUUAUGGAUUGCAGGGCCCUUUUGCACAUGAUCCCCCAAGUUCAGGUGAAGAAUGUGCUGAGAGAGGCUAACAUGGCUGCAGACGCUGUUGCGAAAAAGGGGGUUUUUGCCCCUCAUGGCUUAAGAAUUUUGAAUGUUUGUCCACCGGCGGUGGAUCUCUUGUGUACUGCAGAUUAUGUAGGGGUUAGCUACACCAGACCAUAAGUUUUAUCUAUGUCUUAUUUAUCAAAAAAAAAAAAAGCUUGCUGCACUUUGCUGCUACCUGCUACCGUGCUACCGUGCUAUUGGUGCAGAUCUCCCUUCUUUUCAUUUGCUGCCACCAACUCCAACAUUAUACAAGUCAAAGAACCCAUUCCACAAGGCAUUUUUCUAUUGCAAGUCAUUGCUAAAAGAAAAGAUGGGAAUAAAGUGUU